UCCGAUCUCGGAGGCUGGACUCCUACGCGGGAUGAUAUGGUGCAGAACCACCGACGGAAGUCCCACUUUCGUCGUAGAGGGGAUACCGCCGCGCAGCGAGACGAGGAUAUUUCCAAUACCCUGGAAGAGAGUAAGGAAGAAAGAAUCUGGAGGUUGGAUGCUGGAUGGCGGAGGCAGGGAUGUUCCGAUGGACCGCGGACACGUGCCACCUGUCAUAUCGCACUACGAACCAUGCUCUCCGACGGAUACAAGGGAGGAGGAGAUUAGUCGUGAAAUUGUUUCCCGUAAGCUUGUACGUCAUCGUGAGAUUCGGUGAUUCGAAAAGCGCUGAUUGAUAUUCAACUUGUGUUACGCGGAGAACCGAUCUCGUCGGAAAUCACGUUCUACAAUAUUCGAAUCUGAAAUGUGCGGGGUGGUAAAGAAAUGAUUGACGGACUGCAGUGACCGGGUGAGGGAUCGCAAAUAUUGUGAUAGUGCAUCGAUAAAAGAUAAAUUGGAAAUGGACGCUCCGCAGCGAGCGAAUUGACCGCGUCGCGAGGACAUUGAGCGUAAAUCGUCUGAUGAUUCUGUCGGACAUGGAGCUGAGAGAAGACCAAGUGAAAUUAAGGGACGCCGUCCGUCGCGACGUUCAUAAUUCCGUUCGGCUGUCACAAAGCGUUUCGGAUAUCCGAACUCCUUGCAACGUCGAGUCUAGGAUAUCACGCGAUCGCGAACUCAACGAUGAAAAUUUAGCCUCGCCAAUUUCGAAUCAGGAACCAAACUCCGGAUACGGAAGCGAUUCGAGCAGCAGCAGCUGCAGAGAGUAUCGGCGAACUCCACCGAAUAAAGAACUCAGAAUCAACGCGUCGGCUACCGCUGCUUCGAACAACGCUUUUUCAAUCGACAGUAUACUCGGAAGAAAUCAACGAAACAAUCACGCGGAUAUAGAAAUCGACAGCGAGCGAGACAGAGACGACGAUGAGCAGGACGAUAGAGAGGAACAGGACGAUCGAGGACACUUUGUCAAACCGACGGCCAUUUCUGCGUCGCAUUCCGGUUUCACGAAUGCUUUGUACUCGACGGCUGGUCUCUCUUAUCCUGAAACGGCUCUGGCUGAUCCCACAGGAUAUACCGCAGCGUCUCUAGCGUCCGCAUCUCUGCUUUACAGCGGUUGGUUCGCGCAGUCCAAGCCUGGACAGCUAUUCGGGUUGCAAGCUCCAAAACCUAGCGGACGGAGAUCGCGAAAGCCCGGAAUCGACAGAAAACCCCGUCAAGCGUACAGCGCGAAACAAUUGGAAAGACUCGAGGCUGAAUUCAAACUCGACAAGUACCUUAGCGUGAGCAAGCGAAUGGAACUUUCAAAGUCUUUGAAUCUUACGGAAGUCCAGAUAAAAACGUGGUUCCAAAAUCGUCGGACUAAGUGGAAAAAACAGCUAACAUCACGUCUGAAAAUUGCCCAACGUCAGGGCUUGUUUCCCCCGACGUAUUUUCCUCCCGCGCAAUAUCCUCUCCUGCCGUAUUACGCCGCUCCUCUAAUGUUCGGUGCACCUACCCCCGAAGACGCUUCUACACCCGUCGGCGUCGCUACGUUAUCACCGACGCGCCCGAUAACAUCUUCGCCCGGUAACGUUUGAGAUCUCUAUUUUCUAAAUACAACAAUGAUAAUUAUAAUGAAAGGUAGAAAUAAUAAUUGUUACCCGUAUAGUAAGUCAGAUAUUUUCUGUAAAAUCGUUUUACCUUACCUGCGUACAACACACCUUACUGGGGGAGUGCAAUAUAUCGAUUUUUAUUUCUUUCGCCAUCGCCGUAGCGCGGGUAAAUUCCAUCCCUUAAAUUCUCCAACAGAUGGCGAAAGAUGGGAUGGUGGUGUGAAAUUCUCACUUUUAUUUACUCCCGUAAGCAAAAUUAUUAAAAAAAAAAAGAUAUACAUGAAUUAAACUAAAAAUUGACGAAAAAUUGAACAUUGUACUAAUCUUAAUCGACCUCAGAAUAAUUACACAUAAGUAUACAUAAGUAUAUAGUUACACGUACGAUACGCGUGAACGAGUCAAGGUAUAUUAUAUAUUUAAUUAUUUUGUAAAUAGGAGUACACAACAUUUCGUUGCAUUCCGCGAUUACUGUCGCGGAAUCGCGGCUCAUCGUAAAAAAAUAGCAUUAUUCCAUUCCACUUGAAUUCUACUACUAAGAAUUAUGACUACACUCAUCUACUAUGUCUACAACUAUAUUAUUGUACAUACCUAUAAAUAUAUGAACGAUUAAACGAAUGAUAAGCAAUGUACAACGACUACCGGCUCUUCG